UGUUCUCGGUGCCCCUCGGGCUCGAGCCGCGGUGGAUCCGGAGGGGUCGUGUUGUGCCCGGGGGCGCUUUUGCGUACGGAGUGGCUGCGGAAGCCCGAUCUGGUCUCCCGAGAGCCAGACAACUUGUUGAAAUUUGAGGACGGAGGUGUCUUCUCAGACGAGCCUGGCUCUAGAAGACUGACGUUCAAGGCUCGAAGCCUGCGGGAUUGCCUCAGGAAGGUGGAUGAUGGCUGCAGAGGGGCCGAGAGUAAGCACUCCCUUGAGCCCCUUGGUCCAGGCGCCUCACGAGGAAGAUGAACAGGAGGAGGUCACCACCAUGAUCCUGGAGGACGACUCUUGGGUGCAGGAAGCUGUACUUCAGGAGGAUGGCCCUGAGUCCGAGAGCGCCGGCAAGGGCAGCCCCCACGGGGAGGCUGCUGGAGGGCCUCAGGGUGCGCUUGGCCGCCUUCGGGAGCUCUGUCGGCGCUGGCUGAGGCCGGAGGUGCACACCAAGGAACAGAUGCUGACGGUGCUCCCCAGAGAAAUCCAGGCCUGGCUGCAAGAGCACCGGCCCGAAAGCGGCGAGGAGGCCGUGGCCCUGGUGGAGGACCUGACGCAGACCCUUCGGGACGGUGAUUUUGAGAUCCAGAGCGAGGAUGGGGAGAACUCCAAUCAAGAUGUGUUCGAGGACGCGGAAUCAGGGCAGAUGUUGCCGGAGAGGCCCGACGGGGCGGGCACUCAGCGGCCUAGCUGGGAAAGCGACUUGGAGAGAGACCGUGGCCCCGGGGGGCGCCGGGGAGGGGCCCCGGCCGGGGGCCGCAGGGAGGUGGCGGCCCAGGGCCGGGAGGUGGGACGGCUCAUCGGCCUUCAGGGCACCUACCUGGGGGAGAAGCCCUACGAGUGUCCGCAGUGUGGGAAGACCUUCAGCCGGAAGUCCCACCUGAUCACGCACGAGCGGACCCACACGGGGGAGAAGUACUACAAGUGCGGCGAGUGCGGGAAGAGCUUCAGCGACGGCUCCAACUUCAGCAGACACCAGACCACGCACACGGGGGAGAAGCCUUACAAAUGCAGGGACUGCGGGAGGAGCUUCAGCCGGAGCGCCAACCUCAUAACCCACCAGAGGAUCCACACGGGGGAGAAGCCCUUCCAGUGCGCCGAGUGCGGCAAGAGCUUCAGCAGGAGCCCCAACCUCAUCGCCCACCAGCGGACCCACACGGGGGAGAAGCCCUACUCGUGCCCCGAGUGCGGGAAGAGCUUCGGCAACCGCUCGAGCCUUAACACGCACCAGGGCAUCCACACCGGCGAGAAGCCGUACGCGUGCAAGGAGUGCGGGGAGAGCUUCAGCUACAACUCCAACCUGAUCCGGCACCAGCGGAUCCACACGGGCGAGAAGCCCUACCGGUGCCCCGACUGCGGGCAGAGGUUCAGCCAGAGCUCGGCGCUCAUCACGCACCGCAGGACGCACACCGGCGAGAAGCCCUACCGGUGCGGCGAGUGCGGCAAGAGCUUCAGCCGCAGCUCCAACCUGGCCACGCACCGCAGGACGCACCUGCCGGAGAAGCCCUACAAGUGCGGCGAGUGCGGCAAGAGCUUCAGCCAGAGCUCCAGCCUCAUCGCGCACCAGGGCACGCACACGGGCGAGAAGCCCUACGAGUGCCUGACGUGCGGGGAGAGCUUCAGCUGGAGCUCCAACCUCGUCAAGCACCAGCGCAUCCACACGGGCGAGAAGCCGCACCGCUGCGGCGACUGCGGCAAGAGCUUCGGCCAGCGCUCCCAGCUGGCGGCGCACCGGCGGACGCACACGGGCGAGAGGCCCUACCGGUGCGUCCUGUGCGGCAAGAGCUUCAGCCGCGGCUCCGUCCUCGUCAUGCACCAGCGAGCCCACCUGGGCGACAAGCCGUACCGCUGCCCCGAGUGCGGGAAGGGCUUCAGCUGGAACUCGGUGCUCAUCGUCCACCAGCGCACCCACACCGGGGAGAAGCCCUACAAGUGCCCCGACUGCGGCAAGGGCUUCAGCAACAGCUCCAACUUCAUCACCCAUCAGAGGACUCACGUGAAGGACAAGCUGGGCUGAGGCGGCAGAAGGGCCCCGGGACACCGAGGUCCCUCCGGGAGAACCAUGCUCCCUAAGCGGUCUCUGGGGACUUUUGCGGGGACCUCGCCCUCCCCCGUCCCCAUCUCUAACACACCUCGGUGGCCGCAGGCGAACCCCCCAGAACAGGGCACAGGGACGGAGGGUCGGGUCUUCUCACUGCUUUGUUUCCAGGCGCGACUGGCGUCCUGCGUCCCGGUGCUCUGUGCCUCGGUCCCCUCUCUA